AUGCCACCCAAACAAGCAAACCCUAACUCCCGAGCUUCCACCCUCCUCUUCAAAAAACACAAAACCACCGUCCUCCUCGUGCUUCAGCCCCACGAACCACUGACAGCAGCCAAGGAGAAGCUACUGCAAGCUCUGAAGGCGCGCGAUGUCAAAGAGAUCAACGGCGAUCUAGUCCCCGACCACCCCGACGCGAUCGAAUUCGGCGUGGCCGUGGACAGGAAUGACCUGGACAAAGGCUGGACUCGGCUUGACGCCGAGACUAUCGAGCUUGGCGGCACAAAGGCGAAGACGGAUGCAUCGGGAUCUUUGCAGGCUGCUGGGCUGCAGGAUGGGCAUCCCGUGGCUUUUCGAUUCCGGAAAGCUCAGCAGGCAGCGCCAGAGACGGAGGAUGUGGAAGUCGAGCUAGAGGAUCCUGGAUGGGAUGUUGUUACGCCGCAUUUUGAUGAUGAGGAGGAGCAGUGA